AUGAGAAGACGGCAUGAAAAGAAGAGGAACAGUUAUAGAGAUUGUUCAGAAGAGAAACGUUUAGUAGAGGCUGAAAGCAAAGGCAAACCCAGAAUUCGCACAGGGACAAGUCGGGACUGUAAAGUGGACGUUGAGACGUUAAAUGUAGAGUUCCAACCAGCAGAGAUUAUUGCUCAAACGAGUGAGAAUUUAAAAAGUGAUGAUGAUGAUGAUGAUGAUGGCGCUGAGGAUGUCUUUUAUGAACCCUUACAACAUUUGAAAGAAGAUCUGCAGAAAUCAAUUCACGAUAGAUCAGGAGCGUAUGAAGAAUUUUUAGAUCAGUAUCCCAAAGUAGCACAAGAGUAUGUAGAUAGAUACUAUAAACAAUCAGAUGAAAUAGACCAUUCUUAUGGCUUGAAACAUGAUAUGAAAACCGAUGAUUGGUCUAUGGGAUCACAAAAAGACAACUUUCUCCCGAAUGGAGAUAUUAAAGUCGGGGGUGUAUCUUAUAAAGGAACGCAGGGCUUAUAUGAUCUUUUAUUUCUGAAAAAGCCGAUCUAUCAGACGGAGGAUGAUAAGUUGCAGUUUACGGAUAUUCUAAACAGGACCAAUGUUCAUCGAAGAGAUUUUGAUCCAUCCAAACAGGUUAAAGGGUCCACAUCUUCAAAAUAUAAACAAUUUGUUAAACCUUUGGUCUCAACAUCAUCUGAAGCAAAAAGGCUUAAAUCAAUGAAAAGUCACGAAAUUAACAUUGCAAUCACUCUAAAUUUUGGUUCGACCAAAAUCAAGAGAGGGCAAUAA